AUGCGCGUAAGGAUCCAAAAAAACGUUGAAGCUGUUCCCUUAUCAAACGAUGUUAUUCAUUCUAGAAUUGUUGAAAUGUCUUCAAAUGUUUUACAAGUUGUUGAAGAAUUAAUUGUUUCACCGUUUCCAUUCAGUAUUCAAUUGGAUGAAAGCACCGAUGUGUCACAAUGUAGCCAACUCUUGGUAUUUGUCCGUUACGUACAACAAGACACACGUAGUAUUAAAGAAGAGUUUCUUUUUUGCAAUUCACUUUUGGAGACUACAAAGGCCUCAGAUGUUUUUGAAAUGAUAAAAAGGUUUUUCAUCGAACAAAAUGGAAGACUAAACUUGGUAGUAUCUGCACCGAUGGAGCUCCCGCAAUGCUUGGUCUCUGCGGUGAUCAUCGUGGAUGCAUCUGAACGGCUGAAAAGUUUCAUAUGUAAACUGCCACUUUGGAAAAGGAGGGUGGAAUCUGGUAACUUUGCAAAUUUUCCGAUGUUUGAAGAGUUAAUAACACAAGGUGACGGCAACACGAUAUCGAAAAUGCUACAGAAAGAGGUGUCUAAGCAUUUGGAUACAUUGCAAGCUUCUUUUGAAGGCUACUUUAACUUAGAAUCGCUUGAAAAUGAUACGUGGGUGCGAGGUCCAUUUAUAAUCGACACGGAUAACAUUAGCGAUGAAGAUCUCAUUACAGAUGACUUAAUUGGCAUGAGAUAA